UUAUUUUCUUUGUGUAAAAUGGCGUCGUCGUAAUCGUCGUAAUCUACGUUUUUGUUAAGUUUUGCACCCCUAUUGAUAUAUUGUGUUAAUAUUAUAAUUGCUCGGUCUGUUUCAUCUUGUAUAGCGUGCAAUCGAAUUUUUGUGUGAUAAUUUCGCAAGACAAGCUAUACGCGAAAUGGCGGACGAUGUUCCUGUUUGUGAUGUGUUGUGCGAAGCGAUGGAGUAUUUAUCCAAGCUGGGAUUGAAUUUACGUAGUCGAUCUGAGAGUUUGAAGGCGAAGAGAAUAUCUAAAGAAAAACUAAAGAAUUUUCAUGCUGUCCAAAAAGCCGCUCAUAAAGUAUUGCUGAUAUGCCAAUUAUCCAAAAAAUCACUUGACAACGUUGAAAGCGGCAUUCGCAAAGUACUAAGCAUUGCCGACGCCGGGCAACAACCAACUACUAGUAAAGGCGGGAAAACGCUUGACAAGAAUACAGAGAAAUCUAAGGACAAAAAUUUCGAAAAAUUUGAUAGAAACGUGAAAGAAAAGCCCCAUUAUCACUAUUUCGAAUACCGCUCCCGAAAAUUGAAAGUAGCUAAAAAGAUUUCUGUUAAGCAUUUUACUUCAGUCAAAGUUCUGGCUAAGAAAAUUCCUAUGUCUCUGUUGGAAAACUAUCCAGUUUAUUAUAAUUGUAAGCUUUACCGUAUUAGAGAGAGGCAAGCUCUGAAGGAACAAGCAUUGAAGGAAACUGAUACGAUAGUAAAGAAAAAUGAAGAUGAGUCGAAUUGCAAAGAAAAAUUAGAAUUAAAAAAAUCAAUUAUAGAUAACUCUGAAAUUGAAGAUGUAAAUAAUAUGCCAACUACACUAGAACCAGAAUCAAAUAUUGAUGAUCAUAGCAUGGAAUCUAAACCUGAGCAGAAAAAAGUUAAUAAAGCAAGCAGUACUAGUUCUAUUGAAAAUGAUCAUACUGAGCCCAAUAAUAAGAAACAUCUAAAGAAAAAGAAUUGUGAUGAAUCCUUAGGUGAAUCGCAAGAGGAAGUUGAUAAGGAACCAAAGAGAGCACAGAGAACAGAAAAAAGUAGUGUCUCUGUUGACUCAAAUGAAGCAGAAAAAACUGAUGAAGCUCAUAAAGAAAAACAUGUAGUGGCCAAAUGUACUGAUAGUUCUGAAAAUGAGCGUUCAAAUAAGUCAUACCAAAAGUCCAAAUGUUCUGAUAGUUUAUCAGAUGAAGAUACAUCUAAAACCCCCAUGAAGUCUAAACAUUUUUCAAAACGCAAAAGCUCACAGGAACUACGUAAAAAUAGUAUAUGCUUAGAUAGUUCUGAAGAUGAAAAUGCACACAAAUCACUUAAACAGUCCAAAUAUGCUCGAACUGUACGCAAAAAGUCCCAAAAAAAGUCAAUACACAUUAGCUCUGAUGAAGGAACAACAGACAAGUUGAGAACAAGGCCAAAGCACUGUAAUAGUUCUGAAAAUGAAAAUACACAGAAGUCUCGAAAAAUGUCAACACAUUCUCUUAGCUCUGAAGAUGAAAGCAUACUCAAAUUCCAAAAAAAGUCAAAGCACGCUCUUAAUUCUGAAGAUAAAAGCACAACCAAGUCCCGGAAAAAGUCAAAGCAUUCUCUUAGUUCUGAAGAUGAAAGCACUCACAAGUCCCAAAACACGUUAAAACAUUCUCUUAUUUCUGAUGAUGAAAGCGCACCCAAGUCCCGCAAAAAGUCAAAGCAUUAUAAUAGUUCUGAAGAUGAAAUGAGAAGUGAGAAGAAAAUGUUGACACGUGUUACAAUAAUUGAUGAUGAUAGCUCUGACAAUGAAAAGGAGAAACAGAAACAAUGUGAAACUAAUGCAUACAAAAAAGAUUCUGCAGUAACAAAUUGUGCAACAGACCCUGAAAGUGAGAAAAAUAAUUUGUCCAAUGUUAAUGUCAGUCAAGAAAAUCAGAGUGAUGAACAGAUGGAAGAUGCUAAGGAUGGUGAACAACAAGAAAGAAAUCCAGAAGCUAAAAAAUCUUUAAUAAAAUGUGUCAGUCUAAGUCAACUCCUGAAACCUGAUUUAUUGGAAAAAGCUUGUUUAAACAAUGACGAGCCUGGUAACAAAACAUGUAAGCUAAAUAGAAAAUGUUCAAUAGGAGAUAAUAAAAUGAAAGAAGAUUUUUCUGAGGACAAGAAAUUGAAGAAGCAUAGGUCUAAAAAAGUAAAGUUUGAUGAUGAGGAAGCUUUUUGGGAAGAAAAGAGAAAAAUGGUGAAAACCUUUAAACCUAAACAAUUUUCAAUACAUCUUCAACAUCUGCCAGAAAUAACUGUAGCAUUUUUACAAGGCCAUAAUUUAAAAAAGGUUACACGAGGUGCAACUGUCAUUUGUGAAAUAGGUAAAGAAAUUGCAGAAGUAUUGCAUGAAAACCAAUGUAAUAGCUUAAGUGCGGCUAAUAAUCUCGAAAAUACAAAACAAGUGUGUCACAAUGAAAAUGCUGUUCAACCAGAACUUAUUAAUAUAGUGAAAAGUGCUUUGCUAAAUGAUUCAGAGUCGGAUAACUCGGAUAAAGAACAGAUUGGUAACUUGGAGCAUGAAUCGCAAAAAGUUAAGAAUUCUUUGCUUAAUGAAUCAGAUUCAGAAAAUGAUCAACAGAAAGAACAUGAAAAAACGAAUAAUGAUUCUAAUGCACAAAACAAAAAAAGUUCUUUACUCUUUGAAUCUGAUUCUGAGCAGAAUGUUGAAAAGCCUAGCUCUGAUGUCGUAGAGCCACUUGCCAAGGCUAAAAGCACAUUUGAUAAAUCUAACUCCGAUACAAGUGAAAAGCUAAACAUGAUAGAAGAGAUGUCUGACAAAAAUCAAGAUACCAAUAAAAAAGCUAUUUUAAAUGAAUCAGAUUCUGAUAGUCUGGCAGCGUGUGAAGAAAGUAAAGACACCACUAGCAAAUGCCACCCACAAUCGCACAGUAAAGAAAAGCACAAAAAGAGUAAAAAAAAACUUAAACGAAAAAGCAAGCCCAGAUCACACAGCGACAGUGAAUCAGAUGGCGAGAAAAGUGUUAAGACAAAUAUAAUUAAUAAAAAUGAUUCUGAUGAAGAAGACGACAGUACAGGGAAAACUAAAAGGUUCUUGUCAGAUUGUAACUCUGACAACGAAAAUGUUAAGAAAUCUAAAUGUGGCAACAAAGCCAAAAAAGCUGCUUUACUUAAUGACUCAGAUUCUGAUAGCGGCCAUGAUAAGAAAAAUGUAUCUGAUCCUGUAACAGAUGCGCAAACUGUCCAAUAUUCUAAUAAAAAUGAUGAAGAAGGGAAAACUAAAAUAAAUUCAUUAGAAGAUGAAGCCGACGAUGUUGAAAACUCCUUAGCAGAUAAGUCAAGCCCUCCAAAGGAAGAAGAUAGUAUUGAUAAGGAUGAGAAAAGCAGGGAGAGUGAAGAAACAUUGAAAAAUGUUGACCAUUCAUCAAUAGAAGACUCUGAUAGUAAAAAAAACGAUGAAAAAAAUAAUGAUUCACUAGAAACUUAUAAUGAGAAUCAACAAAGUGAAGUCACUCAGUGUAGUAAGGCUAAUUCAGGCUCAGAUGACAGUGAUAAAGAAACUUCGCCAGAAAAGCUUAAGGAAACCAGCAGAGACAAAAAUAAUGACUCUGAGGAGAAAAAGACUAGUGACCACGAAAAGACUCCUCCCACAGAAGGUGAUGAAAAAGAAAUAGCAAAGUCUUCUUUACUCAAAGAUUCUUCAGGUGAUAGUCCUAAGCCCAUUAAAAGAAAGAAGAGUGAUGACAAACCAAAGUCGAAAAGGAAGCAUAUCAUGGAAAGCAUGCAUGCUAAAAAAAUGUUACUGACUUACUCAUCCAGUUCUGACACUGAAGAUGAACAACUAAAAACAGUAGUCAAAGAUAUCAAAAAAAAUUUGUUACAAGCAUUGGAUUCUGAUGAGGAGAAAAUGCCAUCAGCAGUUUUUCAGAGGCGGGUAUCCUCUUCAGAUUCAGAUGUGGACAUAUUAACGCAGGUUAAAAAAAGUAAUAAAAAUAAAAGGAAAACCUCCACGCUUUCAGAAAAGGAGGACUUAGAGGAAGACAAUGACAGCUCCAAUUCCAGUAGAAAAAAGAUGGGCCGUUCUAGUGAGAAACCAGGCAGUAGCAGCAACCAUUCAGAAAAUCAGGACGACAAAGAUAUUGAAGGAUUGACAAACUUGAAAACCUUGAACCAAUCUCGUCGACGGUCUGACUCCAAACCUAAUAAAACAGAGUCGAGUUCUAAAAAAGAAACCAGACCCAAAAGUAAGCUUUUCGCUGGCGAGGAAGGUCUGCUGGAGGUCCCCAGCAGCUCUGAUGAGUUGUCUGCGGCUGAGAAUGAUGCUGGCGACGAAGAAUUGCCAUCCGUCACAUUGUCGGGUCUGAACGGGUCUGUCGUGGAACAUAUGGCUAAAGACGACCUACUCGAAGAAAGUGACUCGGACACCUCCAAAGAUAAAGAUAAGAGCUCUGAUGAUGUAAAAAAAGAAGACGAUUCAGAUACUGACAAUGUAAAAUUGAAGCGUCGCAAAGCCAACGCGAUCUCAUCAGACUCUGAAGUCGGAUACUCGAAGCGUAAACCUACGGGGAAGUACAGCGACUUCGAGGACUCCGAAGACGAGAGCUCUGAGCCUGCCAAGAAGGGGAAAAGGAAGAAGAAGGAAACCGACAGCGAUGCCUCGGCUGGAUCGUCCUCUGACGAAGGUAAAAAGAAACGGCGGCGCAUAAAACAAAUAAAAGACAGCGAUGCUUCAGGAUCGGAAGACGAGAGGGAGGGUAAAAAUAAACAUGGAAGGAAGAACAUCCGGAAGGUUAUGGGGAAGAAUCAACUGGAAGAGGCCACCAAAAGAGCGGCGCGCGAGGAAAGGGAGAGAUUGGCUCGUAUCGCUGAGAGACAAAAAACAUACAAUAAUCUGGAAUUUGAUGAAUCGGGCAAACCGGACGAAGUGGUUCUGGACAAAGUGGUACUUGACUUCGACCCAGAGACCAAGGAGCCGCUUAUAGAGGUUGACAGAGGACUCGUCAAGAAAUUAAAGCCGCAUCAGGCGAACGGAAUUAAGUUCAUGUGGGACGCGUGCUUCGAGAGCGUGAAAAGAAUUAAGAAGGACAAAGGCUCCGGUUGCAUUCUCGCCCAUUGCAUGGGUUUGGGAAAGACUUUGCAGGUGGUGUCCCUGACGCACACGCUGCUGACAAACAGCGACCUGACGGGCGUGAACCGCGUGCUGGUCGUGUGUCCGCUGUCCACCGUGCUCAACUGGGUCAACGAGUUCCGCAUGUGGCUCAAGCACGCCGAGACAGACUACGACGUCGAUAUCUACGAGUUGUCCAGGUUCAAGCAAAAUUCGGAGCGAGCGUUCCAGCUGUCGCAGUGGUUCACGCACGGCGGCGUGUGCGUACUGGGCUACGAGAUGUUCCGCAACCUCUCAUCGGACAGCAACAAGAAGUUCAAGAAGAAAAUGCUCCGCCAGUUCCAGGAGAGCCUCGUUGAUCCCGGUCCAGAGAUGGUGGUGUGCGACGAAGGUCACCUGCUGAAGAACGAGAAGACGAGCCUGUCGCAGUCGAUGAAUCGCGUGAAGACGCGUCGUCGCAUCGUGCUCACCGGGACGCCGCUGCAGAACAACUUGAAGGAAUACUACUGCAUGGUGCAGUUCGUGAAGCCGAACCUGCUGGGCAAGUACAACGAGUACCUGAACAGGUUCGUGAACCCGAUCACGAAUGGGCAGUACACCGACUCCACGGAGCAGGACAUCCGCGUCAUGAAGCGCCGGUCGCACGUCCUGCACAAGAUGCUGGAUGGCGCAGUCCAGAGACGGGAUUACAGCGUGCUAGCGCCGUUCCUGCCUCCGAAGCAUGAAUACGUGCUGUUCAUAACGCUUACAGAAGUACAGAUCAAACUGUACCAACAUUACUUGGACAACUACUCGAGAAGACCACUGGCGGGCAAGUCCUCGGGGUUCCUGUUCCCGGACUUCCAGUCCCUGCAGCGGAUAUGGACGCAUCCGCUCGUGCUCAAGUACAAUUCCGAAAGAUACGAGAUUAUGCAGCAAAAAAAGAGGGAGAGAGAAGAAGAAGACUCAGAAGGAUCUCUAGUUGAUUUUAUUGAUGACGAUUCUACGCCAGACGAAAGCUCAUCGGAAGAUUCGACGUCAGACGUAUCGGACGUAAGCGACGACAGUCGCAAGAAGAGCAAGAAGAAGAAGUCCGCUAAGAAAAACAAAGAUCGCAAAAACGCCCCACGUCGAGGCACACGCGCGAACCCAAUUGAACAAGCAGAGGAAGAUAUCGCAGACCCCGACAUAGUGGAAGUGAAAAAUGAGAACCCGACAGAGUGGUGGAUCCCGAUGGUGACCGAAGAUGAGAUCGAGGAUAUGCGCAACUCGCACAAACUCGUGCUGCUUUUCGAAAUACUUAGGCAAUGCGAAGCCAUUGGCGAUAAAGUGCUGGUAUUUUCCCAAUCGCUCUAUUCAUUAGACCUGAUCGAGCAUUUCUUAGGCAAAGUUGACGAGGCGACGCAAGACGGCAGGAUCGACGAGAAAUUAGGAGGGCACGUCGGAUCAUGGUCGCCGGGCGUGGACUACUUCAGACUGGACGGUUCCACCUCCUGCGAGAACAGAUCCAUUUGGUGCAAGAACUUCAACAGAGAAGAUAAUCCUAGGGCUAGAUUGUUCUUAAUAUCGACGCGUGCUGGCGGACUUGGUAUCAACCUGGUGGCGGCCAAUCGCGUCGUCAUCUUCGACGUCUCCUGGAACCCUUCGCACGAUGUGCAGAGCAUAUUCCGAGUCUACCGGUUCGGUCAGAAGAAACCUUGCUACAUCUACCGGUUUUUGGCUAUGGGCACGAUGGAGGAGAAGAUCUACGAGCGACAGGUGACGAAGCAGGCCAUCUCGAAGCGCGUGAUCGACGAGCAGCAGAUCGACCGGCACUACGCCGAGAACGACCUGGCGGAGCUGUAUAAGUUUGAGCCGCGGCCGCCGGCGCCCAGGCCGGUGCCGCUGGUGCCCAAGGACCGCUUCUUUGCCGAGAUGCUCAAGGAGCACGAGGACGUGAUCUACAAAUUCCACGAGCACGACUCGCUGCUGGAGAACAAAGAAGAAGAGACGCUGAGUGAAGAAGAACGUAAAGCUGCGUGGGAGGACUUCGAGAACGAGAAGAACAAACCGCCGCCAGCGCCCUUCCCCUCGUGGCCUAUGCACAAUGGAAUGGGAGCAAUGCCUAUGCUGCAGCAGCAGCAGCUGAUGUACGCGGCCGUAGCGGCCACGCUACGAAAGGACAUGCCGAAUCUGACCGAUGACCAGGUCCGCAGUAUGUUACCCCUCAUCUACGGAGCCAACCCCGGGAUGUUCGGUGGAUACGAUUAUGGCUUGAUGCAGAAACUGAACGACAUGUAUAAGUACGCGCAGCCCGGCAUGAUGAAUCCGGCAAUGAUGAACCCUGUUAUGAAUGCUGGCGGCGCCGGCGGACAGGGCCCCGGCGGGUCGAGCGGGCUGCAGUACGAGCCGCCGUGGCAGCGGCAGCAGCAGCAGCAGCAGCAGCAGCAGCAGAUGCGCCUGCAGCAGCUCCUGCAGCACCAACAAAACCCGAUGGGCGCGAAGUUCUACGCGGGCGGGCUGGGCAGCCGCGACCCCGUGGCCAUGGCGCUGCAGCAGCAGCGCGCGCGCGAGAUGAUGCUGGGCGAGCGGCGCCCGCGCGGCCGCCCGCCGCUGGCCGCGCGCCCGCCGCCCACCAGCGCCUCCGACGUCGUCAACCUCGACUCCGACUAGACCCAAGAGUAUUAUUAGGAAGUGUACAGUGAACGAUAGGUGCUAUGCUGAUUGGAGCGAAGUGUACGGACUCGGUGGUUGCGACGCCAGGCCCGACCUCGGGACUCCAGUGUCUAGCCAAAAUAAGUGAUAUAUCGGAACAUUAGCUCCCGUGUAGCUUCCGCCUCGAGGCUUGCGCUGCGAAGCUACAUAUCAAGAAUCUCAGUACGUUAAUUUCGAUUGUUUUAGUAUUAUCCGAAUCUACUUGGGACGCUUUGUUUCUCGAACGGUAGCUCGCCCCACAUAUCAGAAUACUUUCCAUUUAUUUUUACUGUAAAAUUAAAUCUCUUAAUACUUAAAGUGGAAGCCUAAGGCGCCACUUUAUUAUCGAUUCGCACAAGCCAUGUCAGAUUUUAACUACGAACAAUUUAGAUUUUAUAAAGUCGUGCUUAAAAUGUGACUCAUGUGCAUGGAACAUUGGGCUCGUAUUAAUAAACAGAAGUCCAGUACUAAAUGCGUAUUGGCUGUGACGUCUCCCAGAGCCUGAGAUAUAUCUCAAGUUUUUCACAGAAAAUAUUAAUACAGAUUAAUGGACUAUAAUCAUUGGCAUCUUGAAUGAUACCAUUGCAAGUGACCAAUACCUUACACUUCAUUGAACUUAGUAACAAUUUGGAGUUAAAGUGCAGAACGAUGUUUAUUCAUAAGCUGAAAUUUUGCCUGCUCUAAUGAUACAUAAACAUUGAGUAAUCAAUGUUGUGCAUUCAAAUGAUAUAGAUCUUAACAUUUAUUCUGUGCUUGAGAUGAAUUUGUUAAUACGUGCCUUGAAGAUCUGACAUCUAUAGUUGUACUUGAAUCAUCCGGCUUAGACAGAUUGAUAGGUGAAAACAAAAUUCCUAAUCAAUAUAAGGGCAUAUAGCUCAGUGCUAUUAGACUUGGCAAAUGUUUAAGGCACACAUCAGACUGAUUAUACGAAAUCACUGAAAUGGUGUGAGAUGCCUUCUUUAUAGGGACUAUGUAACCUAAUUAUAGGUAGGUUUGAAUGCUUUCUGGCAUACAUUACUUGCGCGUUUCUCGUCCAAGUUUGUGCCGGCAAUGUACGCCUGAGAUGUAGACAUGUGGGAUGCAUCGAGAAUGUCAGAUGAAUAUUUUUAACUAUAUCUCUCAGUACAGGAAAUUAGAUGUAAGGUGUGUUAUUAUAUGUCUGUAGUUAGAAAACUUCAAUAUUUAACAUCAUACUAUACAAUGAGAAUAUGUAAUUCAAUAGCAUAGACACCAGAGUAGACUGCUGUUGUCAGUUUGCCAGAUAUGUAAGGUAUUUUUAGUAAUUUUUUUCUGUUAGUGUAUGCAGGCAGAAUGUAAUGACGGAGAUUUCCAAAGUGAAGGUGAUGAUUAUUUUGCAUGUGCUUAAGUCUUGUCUGGUGUCUCGUCACUCUAUGUCCUGACAAUCUGCACAAUCGUAAUGCACCCACAAAAUUAUGUAUCGAUAUUUCGCUACUUAUAUUAAUUAUAAUUAUAAAUCUAAACACCAAUUUAAAUUGUAACUAUGGGUUUAUAACUCGUUUCCUACUUUUGCAAGUACUUGGUGUUCAUAGAACUAAAACAUAGCCCAUUGUAAUCCCAUUACAGACUUACGCAAGUUGCGUGCAUUUUCAAUAAAAAAAAACUAUUGAAAAUUGGUAAGUUUCACAUCUUCCUUGCAGGUUCUUGCAAAAUUAAAGGCAAUCGCGUCGUAAUUUCAACUACUCACAUUACUGUUAGUUGUUCCACAUACUUGUUUACAAGCUAUACAGUUUAUUUUGCUGUCCAAUAAAAGAAUGGACGUGUUACUAACAUUGUUUCUCCCAGUGCAAUGCAGGUUUCAGCGGUAAUACAGUUCAAUGUAUGCUAUUUAUUAAUUUUGCCUGGUAAUAUCAGGUUUAGUUGUGAUAUUGCGUAAUCUUAAUUAAAUUUUUGUAUACGUUUAUUUUAAUUCAGUCACAAAAAGUGACGUUAAUGUUUAGUCCCAGCAUAUUAUAUACAUGAUUUUUUAUUUGAUGGACCGUAGGUUUCAAAAGUAAUGUCAAAAUUUGUUAAUUUUUGCUCUGAUUGUAGACACCAUUUUACUCAUAGAAAGAAAUAUACGUCUAGACACAUAAUACGACCCACCUUGCAUUUUCAGUAUUCAAAGCCCCCCUAAGCUUAAUAAAAUGUAUGAUUUUUCAAAAUCUUAACACAAUUUGGUAGUUGGUAUACUAAUCAUCAUUUCUGUAAGUAUUUGUUAGACAUGACAUAAAAUUUGUGAAACCUGGGAAAAAUUGACAAAAUUUUUGUAGUCAAGCUCUUUAAAUAAAAAUUCAAAUUAUGUGGCUGGAAGUGUAAUUGAAGAUAUUAUAAUUUGUUAAUUUGUGAUGAUUAUAGAAAUUAUUAUUACAUUUUAUACUUAAAAUCAUAUUCUAAUUUUAGCCCUGAAUCUGUAAUGAGUCCAUCAAAUUAAAUAAAAAUCAUUAGUUACAUUUCUCAAAUAAAUGAAUGUACCUACUAGUGAUGGAUAAAAAUAUUAGUGCAUUUUGGAUUUAAGUUUUUAAGAAGACAUUCAAUGUUGAUUUUUAUAUGAAUCGGUUUUUACUUUCAUAGUUUUUAUGUACAUGGUAAUUAUUU